CGCAAAGUUGACGAUUUGAGCGCUAGUGAAAUCAAAAGCGACGUCUCCAUCAUCAACGUUGGAAUCACACGCAUUAUGAACAAAAUAAUUUAAGCGGUCUGCGGCUGGGGCUAAUACCCAGUUAGGUUUAGCCUUACGCAUCCUAGUUUCGAACGUGGCCAUGUAUUCAAGAACCAGAUUAUUGAUCCCGGGAUAGACGACCUGUAUAAAUUUGCAGAGAGGUUGGGAGAGGUACAAGAAAGAUUAAUUUGUUCUAGAAUAGCAGUUUAAAUGUGCUAAUCGGGAUAGUAAAGAGCUCGGGAAAGCCAAUCGGGAUAUGGCCGAGGAUAUGUUGCUGUUUUGAAUUUCAAAGAGGCAUUGCCCUUUUGUCAGAAGGCUUUGGACAUACACAUGAAAGAACAUUUAGGACACAAUUCGGUUGAAGUUGCCUAUGAUAGAAGACUACUCGGGAUCAUAUACACCGGAUUAGAGGAUCACGAGAAGGCACACGAGCAAAACCAGCUUUCUAGAAAGGUCCUGAAGAAAUGGGGACGUGACUCGGAUUUGCUUCGUGUAGAAAUCGAUGCUGCAAACAUGCAGAUUGCUUUGGGAAGGCACGAGGAAGCCUUUAACAUCUUGAAAGGGAUCGUGCAGCAGACUGAAAAGGAAAGCGAGGAUCGUGCUAUGGUAUUUGCUGCCAUGGCGAAAGCUCUCUGUAAUCAGGAGAACUUUCCGGAUGCUAAGAAGUGCCUAGAUAUUGCAUGUGGGAUUUGUGACAAGAAGAUAAGGUCUUCCCCUGAUGUUGUGGCGGAAGCUUUUACUGAAAUCUCUACGCUUUACUAGACCAUGAAUGAAUUUGAGACUGCGAUAUCUCUGUUGAGGAAAACACUAGCAAUGCUCGAGAAGCUUCUGCAGGAGCAGCACUCGGUUGGGAGCGUGUUGGCUAGGAUCGGUUGGCUGCUUUUGCUGACAGGGAGAGUCGAGCAGGCUGUCUCAGUUCUGGAAGAUGCUGCAGAGAGAUUGAAGGAGAGUUUUGGUUCGAACCAUUAUGGGGUGGGUUAUGUGUAUAAUAAUCUUGGGGCGGCUUAUUUGGAGCUGGACAGGCCACAGUCAGCAGCACAGGUAUUUGCGUAUGCCAAGGAGAUUGUGGAUGUUGCGCUUGGACCUCAUCAUGUGGACUCGAUUGAAGCGUGUCAGAAUCUCUCGAAAGCUUAUGUGGCUAUUGGAAGAUUUGUCAGCUACCCACUAGCGAUUAACUUUCAAGAGGAUGCAGUUGAAGGUUUGGAGAGACAUGGACCAAGUGUACAAGAUGAGCUCGAUGAAGCUGUUCAAAUGCUUGGGCAACUGAAAGAGAAGGCUAGCGCUCAAAUUUCUGAAGCUCUUCUAAAAGAUUUCCCUAUACCCAAAGGUGAAGAACUUUUCCAGGCAAAGAAUUCAUCGGCUUUAGAAAGUAACGGUCACAUACAAAGUGCGCAAGAGGAGCUUGUUGAAGCCGUUCGACUGCUGGAGCAUUUAAAAGAGAGAGAAGCUCGUAUGAAAGCCUUCACUGCACCCGAAAAAGACGAUGAAUGAACCUUUCCUUGCUAAGGAUUCACCUUCUGGAAAAGGCAGCUGUAAAAAGGUAAAGCCAUGAAGAAGCAAACUUUAUUUUAUCAGAUCAUGAAGAAAGAAAAGGAGUUUAUGAUGCAGUGAACAUCAGACUCUUUAAGUUACUUUGGUUUAAUAUUCAUAGUCUUGAAGGUGUUUGAGAAAGUCCAAAAAGGCUGGUUUUGUACUAGCUUUCUGUGCCUGUAUGAAUAUGCUGUUGACUACUGAAUAAUGACAGAUUGUGGGUUUCUGGUUUAGAACAUAGUUAUUUGCAGAUAAUGUUAACUCGAAGAGUCU